AUGUCUACGGCGGCGAAGCUGACUCUGGCCUCCACCACGGCUGCUGCGCUAGGCGUCGUAGUCUUUGUCCACUACCAACAGAGGGCCGACCAAGCCGCUAUGCAUCAAGGCGUCGUCCGCGACAUGGAGCAGCAGCGGCUCAAGAGAGAACGACAAGUCGACUUUGAAAUGCAGAGGCAGCUGGAGGAAGAGUACAGGAAGGUGCAAAAUGUCAGCGAUGGGAGAUGA